GUCGACGUACGACGACUCUGUCGGACCAUCUAUUCCUGGCAGUGUGGUGCUCGCCACCGUGAAGCUCCUGUCUCGUUUUCUCACGCCGAUUAUCCUGACCACCUUCUUGAGCUUAAUCAUUAAUUGCUCUCACUCAAGCUUAGACAUUAUCACAAAAUACAUCUACAUUAAAAAAAUCUAAGACAAGAUGGCAAUCUUAUUCGCGUGUUCCUACGUUUAAUGAGUGGUUUUGAUAACUGGUGAAUUCUUUUUAUUAAUUUGUUUCAAAUCACUAAUUUAAUCAUCUAUGAUAUUCGGGGUGAGUCGUGUAAGAAACGUGUACUCGAAAACAUAUAUUGGUGAAACGGAUUUGAGAUUACUACGUGCUGUGAAUGUGUGAUCUUUGUGUGAGUGAAUAUAUAUUAUCAAUCUGCAAUCCGUUAUCGUCAUCGGAAGUGUUCGAGACCGAUCGUCUAAGAAAACUGCUCGAGCAUCGCUUAUCGGGAAACUGCUCGGCUGUAUAUUUAACGAUGACUCUGUUGGAUGCAGACGAUGUGUCCUGCGACAGAAUUGUAAUUCAGUGAAAAAAUUUGAAAUGUCUGAAUUGGCGUGACAGUUGCAUAAAACUUUGGAAUGUACGAAUUGGUGUGACAGUUGUGUAACAGUGCGUUCUCGUCAAUUGGUGGAUCGGGUAGCUACAUGAGGUUCAAUAUGGUGAGCAAAAAUCCGCCCUUAGGGGUGGCCACACUCAAUCGUAUGAGAAACACUUUUCGCGGAGUGCCGAAAGCUGAGAUUGAACGUAGAACCAAUGCGCUCCUGCAAUCUAUGACGAUCGAAGAACUUUAUGCUGCUUUAGUGUAUAUGACACAGCAUCAAAUUGGCUUCGACGUUUCUAAGGAAUGUAACCAAGAAACACUUCUAAAUCAUUUACAAAGUGCUUUUAAAAUUGAUAACGAGACACAUGAGAGAGUAUUGGAGAAAACGCGAAAUUUAGAGCCACCAGAAUUACGUCUCAACGUUGAAGUGAUCGAAGCUAAAGAAUUAGUUUCCAAAGAUUCUAAUGGCAAAAGUGAUCCUUUCUGCGCACUUUAUCUCGAAUCAGCGCCUACUAGAAGAUACAAUACUGCCGUGAAAACCUGCACGCUUAGUCCAAUUUGGGAAGAACAUUUUGAAUUGCCAUUGGAAGAUCCUGAAAAUGACGUCUUGUGUCUCGAAGUGUGGGAUUUUGAUGCUGCCGAAACUGUACCUGAGAAAAUGAGCAAAGUAAAAGACGUCAAAGGUGUUCGUGGCUUGGUCAAAUUAGCCAAGGAAAUCGCUGUAACAGCUACAACUGGUAGUCACGAUAAUGAAUUCAUUGGUCGAUGUCGAAUACCGUUGAAGGAUAUACCGACAACAGGGCAUACCAUGUGGUAUGGUUUAGAAAAGAAGAAUAAAUCAAAACGCCGAGGCGUUGUAAAGCUCCGAUUGGCCUUCAGCGCGGAACAUAAUGCGCAAGUGGCCGCACAGGAACAUCGACACCUGCUAAGAGUGUUGUUGCUUCACGAGCUCGAAUCAGAAAAAAUCGAAAAGUAUUGUUGGUGUGGUCGUUGGUCGGGACCAGCUGAAGCUCUUAUUCUUCAGCACAGCGCGCAACGUGGUUUAUUAGCUCGAAAUGUUGCUCUGGCGCAGUGGGUCGAGUAUGCAAGAAUCCACCAGGAGCAUCAGCUAAGUUUCACAGUUUUCAACAAGCUCGCGAUGGAUUUGCUCAGGCCAAUGGACAGCGGCCUAUUCUCUGCUGACGAAACCAGACUCUUCUGGGAUGCCACCAAAAAAAUUAUGUAUUCAUGCUUAAAUAGCAUACGAAAAAUUCGAAGACUGAUUUUAGGUGACAAAAAUGCCAUGGUUCAACUGUCUGCUAUUUUAGGGAUAUUAUCAUCCAUAUCCACUCUAAAAGUUCCUGAAGACAUUGAUUUAUUUCCGGCCAAAAUGUACUCUUGGUUUCCUGAACCCGAUAACUUAAAUAUAGAUGUACUUGAAGCACUAGAAAACACUAUUACACAAGGCUGCGCCGAAUGGUUUGAACAUAUAAUGAGCAAUAACUCACCCGAGACAGAAUCAGACGAGGAUGCGCUCAGGUUUCAUAUAAAGGUAAUUCAACUGAUUCGAGCGGACUUGCAGAAAGCUAUUGAUUAUUACGACAAACUGUUCAUAAAGAGAGUCAACAUUCCGUACGCAAGAAUACUCUACAUCGCAUACGAGAAGAGAAUCAGCGACAUGUGCAUGGUUAUUAUAGAGGACGUGUGCGCCAGAUUGAAGCGAAUUGAAGUCGACAGCACGGAUAAUGAGGAAUUAAGCUUAGGCACGACUCUGUUCGAGCUUUACCUUACACUCCAAAGAUACGCCACUGUUGGUCAAAUACUUUGCGCUGAAGGGCAGCUAGAAGAUAUGAAAAUACAAAUGUAUCACGAAUGGUUUCGGGGUGGCGUUGCGCAUUGGCUGGACAUUGCAGUGUACAAAGCGCUCAAACGCAUCGACAGAGCAGUGGAAAUCGAUUCUUUACAAGCGGUCGACAACAGCGUUCAGUACAGCUCAAGCGCUGUUGAUACGUUAACGACAUUCUAUCAGAUCAAAGUUUUCUGGACGCAGUUAGCGUGGCCUGACGUUGAAGGUUCCUACACGUUCAUAGCAAAAAUUAUUGAUGACAUUUGUAAAUGUUCCAUCGCAUAUGCCGAUAAAAUGGCGACAAAAGCGGAGUUGACGACGGAAUUAGAGCAGCUUUCGCAGAGUAGUGUUUAUGAAAAAAAGUUUACAAUAUCAACGGCCUGGUGCUUUGCGAUUAACAAUAUCGAUUACAUCAGAACGUCAAUUGCACCAUUGGCUAAAGAUUUGGGACUGCAAGAUAUCAUGGAUGCUUUAGCGGAACAUAAUACUCAAGAAGAGGCUGAGCGUUGCCGACAGACUCUUCAGCUUAUCAUUGACAAUGCUACAGAUACUGUGAAGAACAAGAUCAUAGAGUUGUUGGAAGUCGUAGCCAACAAAAUGGCUCCUGCGAUGAGCAGAUAUCUCAUGGAAGGUGCCGAAUUAAUUGAUACGACCAGCAACGCGAUGGAUCGUCUGCUGCAGUAUUUAGAUAGUAAUUUGACAACUUUGCAUGAUAAUCUCAACGAGGACAACUUUAACCGAGUUCUCCUGGUGAUUUGGGAAAUCAUGUCGCAGACGCUGUUUGAGCUAGUCAAUACCAAUUUGGAGAAACGUCGACCACCGGCAUUUUAUUCGAAUUUGCACCGAACCCUGCACACCCUCGUCCGAUUCUUCAAUCUCGGAGCUGACGAAACAACGAACGUUCAAAUCUUAGAGAAGAUUGAACGUCUGUUAAAGUUACAUGGACUUGAAACAGCGGAUCUUAUACAUCGUUAUCAUCAGGAACGAAUAGAGGAACAAAAGCAGAUGGAUGAACCUAUUUACGGCCUUGUCACCGUCAAAGCACAUUUCGUCGAUAAUUCGCUGAAUAUACAGAUUCUGAAUGCCAGGAACCUUCACUGUAUGGAUAGCAAUGGCGAUUUUAUAAGCAAGCUGUCUACUCUCGAGCGUAAACUGCACUCAAAAUCUAAACAAAGACUGAAAGAAGGGAAGAAAAGCAAAUGUGAUUCCUACGUCAAGAUUAGAUUACUGCCUGAAGAGAAAUUUGCUGAUAUCAAAGCACCGAAAACGCACGUGCAGAAAGAAACACUCUUCCCUCUUUAUGACGAAACAUUUAACAUUCCUCUUACUCCGGAACAAAGAGCCAUCGAGGACGCUAUAGUGGCAUUUGAGUUGAAAGACAAGGACUUCCUCAGAGCAAGAUUUAUGGCUGAAGCUUUCUUGCCAUUUAGCGAGAUUCCCGACACAGAACCGGAAAGUAACUUCGCAACUUCGGAACAAGUCCACUUGAAACUUUCCCGUCCAACCAAAAAAAGUACGGACGUUAUCCGCGCAUUGGAGCAUCGGAAAGGAGACAAUCAAGCGAUGGACUUCAUUUCGAAGCUUAAUACUAAAGCAAACGCUAAAUGAUCCUCGCGCUGCUUCGAGAUGGCUCUACGUUUGGACAAUUUUCGGAAGAACGCGAUGCAAAAUAUAUUCAAGCAACUUAAUUUAUAUAAGAUGUAUCGACGUUAACCUGCCACCAUUGUCUAACAAAACGUCACUGUAAAUAUCUUUUUGACGAAUGUGCUUUAGUGAUCGCGUUAAUAUAUAAAUUUUGUAACGCGAUGCUCACUAGUGUCUUAUAAGGCUGUGCGUAGUUUCAGUUGUUUUUAUACUUCCAACAGAAUUACUGAGUAUCGCAUUUCGAAACUUUAAAGAACAAUCUGUAAGGCUGAACAAGUGCUACUUAGAAGAUAGCAAUACGUGUAUUUAUAUGAAGAAGUAAUUAUAGUGCUCCGAAUGAAUACUUGGAAAUAGUUUGUAAUGGUACUUCUGCUGCGAUGUACUCCAAGUUUGAGAUAUUUUAUAAUUUAUACGGAUAAAAUAAUAUUGUCAUGAAGUCAUCAGUGAAGGGAGCAUGUACAUAAAUCCUAACAAUAUUGAAUAAUUAGAUAUAGUGAACGUUUCAAUAGUUCUAACUAAUCAGUAUUGUUAUACGAUUUCUAUUAUGACCAAAACAAACAUAAAUUUCUAAAAAUUAUUGUUGUAUCUUUUAAUAAUUAUUUUGUAAAAUAAAUGCUUAAUUAUUCGUA